AUGGAGGCUCUUUUAAGUCAUGAAAGUAUUCACACAGGAGAAGAAUUAUACAGAUGUGUACAGUGUGAGAAAUCAUUUGUAUCCAAGGCAGUACUUGUAAGACAUAUUCGCAUUCACACAGGAGAAAAACUAUUCCAGUGCAAAUAUUGUGAGAAAUCAUUUUCACGUAAGGGAAAUCUAUUGACUCAUGAACGCAUUCAUACAGGAGAAAAACCAUUCCGAUGCAAAUACUGUGAGAAAGUGUUUUCAUAUAAGGUGUCUUUAUUGACUCAUGAAUUUAUUCACACAGGAAAAAAAAAAUUGUUCAGUUGUGUACAGUGUGAGAAAUCGUUUGUAACCAAGCAAGCGCUUGAAAAACAUAUUCACAUUCACACAGGAGAAAAACCAUUCCAGUGCAAAUACUGUGAAAAAUCAUUUGCACAGAAGGGAAAUCUAUUGACUCAUGAACAUAUUCACACAGGAGAAAAACCAUUUCAGUGCAAAUACUGUGAAAAAUCAUUUGCACAGAAGGGAAAUCUAUUGACUCAUGAACAUCUACACACAGGAGAAAAACCAUUCAAGUGCAAAUAUUGUCAGAAAUCAUUUUCACGUAAGGGAAAUCUAUUGACUCAUGAACGUAUUCACACAGGAGAAAAACCAUUCCGAUGCAAAUACUGUGAGAAAGUGUUUUCAUGGAAGGUGUCUUUAUUGACUCAUGAACGUAUUCACAGAGGAAAAAAAUUAUUCAGUUCUGUACAGUGUGAGAAAUCAUUUGUAACCAAGCAAGUGCUUGAAAGACAUAUUCGCAUUUACACAGGAGAAAAACCAUUCCAGUGCAAAUAUUGUCAAAAAUCAUUUCCACGUAAGGGAAAUCUAUUGACUCAUGAACGUAUUCACACAGGAGAAAAGCCAUUCCAGUGCAAAUAUUGUGAGAAAUCAUUUUCACGUAAGGGACAUCUAUUGACUCAUGAACAUAUUCACGCAAGAAAAAAGCCAUUCAGAUGUAAAUAUUGUGAGAAAUCGUUUUCAGAGAAGGCAAGUCUAUUGACCCAUGAAAGUAUUCACACAGGAAAAAAAUUAUUCAGUUGUGUACAGUGUGAGAAAUCAUUUGUAACCAAGCAAGUGCUUGAAAGACAUAUUCGCAUUCACACGGGAGAAAAACCAUUCCAGUGCAAAUACUGUGAAAAAUUAUUUUCAUGUAGGGGAAAUCUAUUGACUCAUGAACGCAUUCACACAGGGAAAAAACCAUUCCAAUGCAAAUACUGUGAGAAAGUGUUUUGAAGGAAGUUUAAUUUAUUGACUCAUGAACGUAUUCACACAAGAGGAAAGCCAUUCAGAUGUAAAUAUUGUGAGAAAUCGUUUUCAGAGAAGGCAAGUCUAUUGACUCAUGAAUGUAGUCACGCAGGAGAAGAGCCAUUCAGGUGUGUACAAUGUGAUAAAACAUUUGUCUCAAAGUUGGCUCUUGUCGGACAUAGUCGUGUUCAUGCAGGUGACAAACCAUUCCAACUUUGCUUCAACUGUAAAUAUUGUCAUAAAUCUUUCAAGAGCGAUUCUGACUCACAAAAACAUGAGGGCUGCUACAAUGAUACUGAUCGCAAAUCUUUGAAUGUGUCUAUUGAAAGUCUUGGCAAGGACAAACGGUUCAAGUCAAAAAGUGGCAAAGCUAUGAAAAGGUCUUGCCCAUGUUCUCGUCCUGAGCAAACUGUUGUUGAAAGUGAACCUGUAGCAGAACUAACCAGUCAUUUAGAUAGCAAUAAUUCUCUAAAUGUACAAAACCCAAAAGCUGCAUAUUUUGCGUCGAAU